UCACAUCGAUUUCGCUCUCCAGACCCUCGCCGCCGCGCGUUCCUUCCUCGUCAAACAGCAUAUCUGUCUGAAAUCGAAAGCUGAAAACGUGUUGACCAACCAAAUGGCCCUGAGGGCGCUUGUUUCUUUGAAGCGAGCGAGAGCCAGAGCCAGGGCAUAGGGAAGAGAUCCUCGACUUCACUGCCGAUCGGGGAAGGGGAACCCCCGGUCAGAGGCCGCCAAGCAUCUCCGAGAGCAAAGCCGACUCUGCUUCAGCUUUAAGCCCUUGAUUUUCUUAGCAACACACUCUCUCUCUCUCUCUCUGUGUUCCGAAGCUUGGCAUUCUAGAGAAGCACAUAUACCAUCAGCUAUUCUAAGGGCUGCUUCUUCGAAUAUGGAAAGGAAUUACCAUGUGUUCCUCAGUUUCAGAGGGACAGAUGUCCGCCACGGCUUCCUCAGUCAUCUCUACGCGGCUCUGGACCAGAAUGGAAUAUACACUUUUGUGGAUAGCGAGGAGCUUAGGAAAGGAGAGGAAAUAUCGCCGGCGCUCAUGAGGGCUAUUGAGGAAUCGCACGUUGCGAUCAUCGUUUUCUCUGAGGACUACGCUUCCUCAAGGUGGUGUUUGGAAGAGCUCUUGAAAAUCAUGGAGUGCAAGGAGCAAAACGGCCUGAAGGUAUUCCCAGUGUUUUACAAAGUGGAACCCAGAGAAGUGAGAGAGGGGAGAGAGAGUUAUAAUAGAGCUAUGGAUAACCAUGAGUACAAGUUCGGGAAGGAUUCAAAGAAAGUGAAGAGAUGGAAGAAGGCUCUCUUUGAAGCUGGUAGCUUGUCUGGGUGGGAGUUGAAUGACAUGCUUAUCAGAGAUGAAGCAGAACUCAUACGAUGCAUUGUGAAGGAAUUAUCGAUUCGUCUCAACCGAACGCCUUUACAUGUUUCUAAAUAUCCAGUCGGAAUAGAUUCCCAAGUUCAACAAAUUUUAUGGUUGUCAAAGAAAGAGUCAGAUGAUGAUGAUGUUCUGAUGAUAGGUCUAUGGGGACCUGGAGGCAUAGGGAAGACGACAGUUGCCAAGGCCCUAUAUAAUGCUAUGAUGGGACAAUUUUCAGGUUGUAGCUUUUUGGAGCAAGUUAGAGAAAAAUCAAACCGAAGCGAUGGUCUUGUUACUUUACAAAAGGAUCUUCUAUCUGAGAUGCUGGUUCAUCCUUUAACGGUCUACAGUGUUGCUAGAGGAAUUAGUUUGAUACGAGAAAAACUAUGUCGCAAGAAGGUUCUGCUGAUUCUUGAUGAUGUUGAUCAGAUGGAUCAACUCAAUGCGUUAGCUGGAGAAGGCGAUUGGUUUGGUAAAGGAAGUAGAAUCAUUGUCACAUCAAGAGAUAAACAUUUGCUAACUUCUCAUGGCAUAAAUUGUGUUUAUGAAGUGAAAAGUUUAGAAGACUACGAAGCACGAGACCUUUUUGGUCGACAUGCAUUUCCAAAUAGCAAAGAAGUUGAAAUAAGAGGGCAACUCAUAGACAGAGCACUACAUUAUGCUGACCGCCUUCCGUUAGCCUUAGAAGUGUUGGGCUCAUUCUUAUGUGGAAGGAAAGAGCCUGCAUGGGAGAGUACGUUGGAUAAACUCUCUAGAAUUCCUGAACCAACUAUCAAUCGAGUUCUCAAGAUAAGUGUCGAUGGAUUGGAGAACAACGAGAGGGAGAUUUUCCUCGAUAUUGCUUGUUUCUUUAAGGGGAAAAAAAUGGAGUACAUCAAGGAAGUUCUUGACAGCUGUGGUUUUCACACAGCCAUAGGAAUAGAUAUUCUCAUCGAAAGGUCCUUGAUAAAAAACAAGUAUGAGACCUUGCAAAUGCAUGAUUUGAUUCAAUCGAUGGGUCAGGAUAUUGUUAAUGAAGCAUGUCGUGAUGAUCCUGAGAAACGCAGCAGAUUAUGGCUUUUGGAAGAUGUUGAGGACAUUUUUGUUAUAAUACGGGGACAGAUGUAGUAAAGGCCAUAGUAUUGGACCGGCCCCUACCGGAAGCAAUAAUCAUCAGUCCUGAUGCUUUCACAAAUAUGAAAAAGUUGAGAAUGCUCAUUUUGCUUGGAGGACAUAUCUCUUCACAAGCUCAAGUACGUCUUCCUAAUGAGCUAAGAUGGCUUCAAUGGCCCAAUGCCCCGAAUCUAGAAUUUGGCUCUGGUCUAAAUAAACUUGAGAGACUCAACGUCCCGAAAAGUCAUAUCAAACAAUUAGGGGGCAACUCUCAGAAUUUUAGCAAGCUGAAGUCCAUCGAUUUCAGUGGAUGCGAGUCCCUGGUUAGUAUUCACGACCUAUCAUCGGCUCCAAAUAUGGAGAAAUUGAUUCUUAACUUGUGUGAGAACUUGGUGGAGGUUCACCCAUCCAUUGGAGAUCUUGUCAAGCUGGAAGUUUUGUCGCUACGUUCGUGCUCUAAUCUUAGAAAUUUUCCUAACACGCUGAAGACUAUAUCUCUUCAUACCCUUACGCUCUAUGGUUGCUCUAAACUUGAGAAGUUCCCAGAUAUAGACGGAAAGAUGGAACAUCUAAAAGCACUUGAUCUACGUGGGACAGCUAUUGAAGAACUCCCUGCAUCAAUUGAAAAUCUUGUCUCUGUGGAGUCGAUGACUUUAGCAUUUUGCAAAAACCUCAUGAGGCUUCCGUCGCACAUUUAUAAGUUGAAAAAUCUCGAGACCUUUGAUCUUGGGGGCUGCUCGAAUUUAAUUACGUUUCCAAAAAACAUGGAGGAUUCAACUAACCCUGAUGGCUGUCUGGGAUUCCGAAGACUACGCUACCUACGCCUUUAUGGCUGCAAUCUAUCAGAAGUAGAGUUCCUUGAGAGUUUUUCCAGUUUUUCCGCAUUGGAGUUUCUACACCUUGAAUAUAACAAGUUUGCUCA